GUCACUCAGAGAAUGCUCUGGCUCGCUCUUCCUGUGUUACCGCCCUUGGGCUGACUAAAAUCAGGCACUGAAGUCAUCGCAUUCAUUGGGAACACUGGCUUUAUUUGGAGAUUCCUUAGUUACGUCCCAUUAGCAUCAGGUAGCCUCUCCCUGGUUUGGAGCAGUGAGCCCGAGAAGAAACACUGUGGCUGUGGUCUGCUUUUCAAUAUUGCUUAGGAAGCUAUAGCCAGCACCAUGGCGUUGUCGUACAAAAAGGACCUGGACAAGUACAAGGAUCUCGACGAAGAUGAAAUCCUCAACAAACUGUCGGCAGAGGAGCUCAAACAGCUGGAGACAGCCCUCGAGGAAAUGGACCCUGAGAAUGCUCUUCUCCCAGCGGGCUUACGUCAGAAGGACCAGACGUCUAAGACAGCAACAGGAUCAUUCAACAGGGAUAGCCUCCUCAAAUACCUGGAGAAGGAAGCCAUGGAGCACAAGGAUAGAGAGGAUGUAGUGCCCUUCACUGGAGAGAAAAAGGGUAAAGUAUUCAUUCCUAAGCAGAAACCAAUAGAAACAUGCCAGCAGGAAGUCACAACCCUUGAUCCAGAAUUAGAGGAAGCCCUGUCCAGCGCCACAGAUACAGAACUGUGUGAUCUAGCCGCUAUCCUGGGUGUUCACACACUGGUCACCAGUAGUCAGACAUAUGAUGGGACUAGUAGUAAAGAGGGUUACAACAAUGUGAUCAAAGGGGAGAAGAUGAACCCAGUGUUUGAUGAGCCUCCCAAUCCCACCAAUGUAGAAGAAACUCUGCAGAGGAUAAAAAGCAACGACAGCUCUUUAACAGAGGUUAACCUCAACAACAUUAAGAACAUUCCAGUUCCCACGCUGAAGGACUUCGCCAAAGCCAUGGAGAAGAACACGCACGUCAAGAAGUUCAGCCUGGCAGCAACACGGAGUAAUGACCCCAUUGCUGUGGCGUUCAGUGAGAUGCUGCGGGAGAACAAGACGUUGCGAAGUUUGAACCUGGAGUCCAACUUUGUCACCGGGGCAGGGGUGCAGGCAUUGGUUGAUGCGUUGCGAGACAAUGACACACUCACAGAGAUCAAGAUAGACAACCAGAGGCAGCAGCUGGGUACUACCGUAGAGAUGGAGAUAGCUAAAAUGUUGGAGGAGAACAACAGCAUAGUGAAGUUUGGCUACCACUUCAACCAGCAAGGUCCUCGCUCCAGAGCUGCCGCAGCUAUCACCAAGAACAACGACCUGGUCCGCAGGAAGCGAGUGGAAGGGGACCUUUAGGGAGGGAGCCCGACCUGUCUCCCAGCCAAUCUUGUUGUUUCAUCUCACCAUGUGGAAUAAUUUCAGCCAAUACCCUGGUCUCAUCUCACUGUGUGGAAACUUUAGUCUUGUGCCAAACUAGGGGGCAAGGCCUGCUCAACCAGAACAUACAUCUGAGAAGAAGGGAAAUAACUGGAAUUGCCCUGUUUAUACUUAUGUUCAUUAUUAUGUUGUUAUUGAAGGUGUAAAUCUGAUUAGUUUUUAGUCAUUUCAUUUCAGCUGCUCCCUUUUUUGAGCCUUUAUAUGUUCUGUCCAGACUUUUUACUUGCUCUUUUCCCCCCCUUUUGUACUAUGCUAUAAUCAUGUGAAAUAACCAUGAACAUUACCAAGUAACAGAAACAACAGUAACAGCUUUGUAAAAACAAUGACUAACAUUGAGAAAAAACCCUGAAUCCUCUACCAUGAUGAGUUUGCUGUUGAGGCCUAAGCUUCCAGUAUUCUUGUACUGACCCUGUGGAAUUUAUAAUUAGAACGAUGGCGAUAGCAUACAGAGUUAUUAUAACUUAGCCAUGACUACUAGCCCUGCGAACGCUGUCUGGCUGUACAGCUGUAGAUAACACAAGUUGUCAUAAGGUAACACAAGUCACCAUGUAGUAACCGGCUGCCUCGUGUGUCUAAUGUUGCUGAUCAGACCACUGUUGUACUUUCCAUCUUACAUUGUGGUUUGCAGCUGUUGUGUGUUGUUUAUUGCCUUGUAAAGCAAGCUUGACUGUCGGCUAGUGUGUAACGGUUAAGUGUGUGCUGACCUCAUACUGUAGUCGGCCGAAAAAGUAUCACGGCUUAAUGUUUUAUACUACGUUACUGUUCUAUUCUAACUAAAUAUCUUGUUUUAUAUGGUUUAAACUCUGAUGGUGGGUAUUUUGGAUCACUUAUAUCCCUUGGCAGGAAAUUAUUACAGGGUUUCAAGUAAAAGAGGGAUUGUACUGUAAAAGGAACAGGAUAUUAACCCCAGUCUAGACUGAAGAGGCUUUGAUCUGCUCUUACAAAUGAUGCUGUAAAUGUCUGCGCAACACACUGGAUUUCUCUGAUGCUUAACCAUGCCAAAGACUAACACAUGCAGUUCUUAAAGUAUCAAUAGUGAACAUAAUGGUUAUUGGUUCAGGUCUUGACUUUGUCAGCUACAGUCACCUCCUCACUGUACAGAUCUGGGAAAGGAGUCUGUGGGUUAACAACAACAAUCUAGAUAUUUGUUUUUAGAUCCCACCUUACCAUUGCAUUUUGUUCUACAUUCCAUUUUGUCGGCCAUUUAUUGCACAAUGUUCAGCAGCUAGUUCAGUGAGAUGUGAGGAAGAGUUGGCAAACAGUUUGUGUGAAACUUCUCAGGUUGCGAGUACUUGUGAAAUGUUUCUAUGAACUACAUCUCCCAGAUAGAAAGUCUUGUACAGAUCGUAAAUUUUAGUUUUCUUUACUCCCUCACACACUUUCACUUGGCUCUCAGCAGUAGCAUGCCAUUCAUUGUGUAUGUAACAUGCUACGUGUGCCUCAACCUGAACUUCCAUAGGUACACUAACCUGCUUGAGAUCUGUAUAACAGGACUAAUUCAGGAGUUACUUGAAACUUGUAUAUACUGUUUAUGUGUAAUAGGAACAAUAUACUGGCAUGAAGUCAUCACUUGUGAACAUCAUGUUUCUGUCGACCAAAAAUGCUCAUUCAUCUUAACAACCUCACAUUCCUUGGACCAGAGUUGUAUGGCUGAGUUCAGUACUUUGGGUUUUAUAUCUGUGUAUUCUACCAUGAUCAUAUCAUAUCUGCUAGUAUUUCUUCUUGAACUGUUUUGUUUUUACAUUACUGUGCUUUGCUGGUGGAUAGUCAGCUAAAGUGGAAAACUGCUUCUUUGCUUGGGCUUGUUGAGAAUAAUCUGAUUCAUAAUACUGUAUGUAUAAUAAUUGUAAAAUGCCAUCUCAAAUUCAAAGUGCACACACAUUACUCAAACACACACUUUUAUGUGUGUGCCACAUAAAGCUACACAACUUGUUGCUGAGAUUUUUUUUUUGUACUUUAAAUCAAAAUCCAGGUGUAUACGCAACAUAAGGAAUAUGUACUAUUAUAAAACCUGACUGGUAAAACGCACUGCUGAAUUUAAGACAUCCUCAACAAUAAAUGUUUUUACAUACUCUG